UGACUUCAGUCACGAACCAGAGUGUCGUCUUGUUCAGUUCUUUCAACAUCACGCGUCCUCCCUCAACCUGUUCGCAUAUACUAUACAUACAGACAGAACUGAUUGCGCCAAGUUCGAGCUGAUAUAUAUUACGUAUAUAUACAGUAUAGACACAGUCAUUUAACAACCAAGUACUUUUGAAACCAAGCCCAAAACAAAUGUUUAUAUACUAUAUUCUUCAUUAUGUUUGGCGUUAUGUUUUAGGCCGUGUGGAUAUAAAACAUUUGUCAGUGAGUAUAUAUGCCUUUCUCCGGACUCUUUGACGUGCUGAAGAAGUUUGGCUGUUUGGCAAAAGUGUAUAACGACGUCGUAUAUAUAUUAUAUAGGCUAUAUAUAUUAUAUACGAUGCCUCAAAUGAGAUGCAGCGCAGGCUGUUAUCGGCAGCUUCAUCAUAGCGCGGUCCGACCUUGUGUGUGAGGUCAAUUGCUGACUGACGAAAAACGAAUCGUAUUUACAUAUACACACGACAGACUUUGUAUAUUUGAAAGAAAGACUUUUAAGCCUUUGGCCAUUUUGCCUGCGACAUCACGUGCGACUGUGUCCCUUUCUGCUUGCCACGCGUCGUCAUUGAAGAACGAGGGACGAAGACGAGCAACAACUUAAUACUAUAUCAAGGCUGGCUUUGUUGUGAAGUGUGACAAGGCGGUAGCAGCUGAUUGCAACGGUUGUGAGAGGGCGAUGUGUUGCCGGUUUCGGAUGGCCACAUAUAGCCCCGCCACUUGCGCUUAAAUUGACAGCGACAAGUUCCAACAUCGUUUCCGGAUUUCCACUGGGAUAAAAAAAACAAAAAAAUAUAUAGUCUAUAUAGCCUAUAUAUAUAUUUUUAAAAAAAAAGGACAAGUGUCACCAGAUAUCAAGAUGAAUUGUCGCACGGCUUUCUACCCCUUGUUGAGCGUCGUUUUCAUGGCUGGCUUGGCUGGUGUGACGUGCAUCCGCGUCUCGCAUCUGAUUGUGCCCGCACAAGUCGGCCGCGGCCACGACGCUCAAUUACAUUGCCAUUUCAAUCUCGGUGGCAACAUCCUUUAUUCAGUCAAAUGGUUUAAAGGGUCUCGCGAGUUCUUCCGCAUCGGUCCCGACGGUACCCGACCUCAAGUCUUCCCUCAUCUUUCCAACAUGACUGUUGACAUCCAGCGCUCCAACGUCUCAAGUGUUUACCUCAGGAAUAUCCAGAGAAGCAACGCCGGAACGUACCGAUGCGAGGUGUCCUGCGAGGGCCCCCAUUUUGAAACGGAUUUCAGAGAAGCCAACAUGUCAGUCGUUGAUUUGCCACUCCAAGGACCCAUCAUUAUCAACGUGCAGACGAGCUACUUACCAGGAGAGCGGGUGGCGUUAAACUGCACCUCAGCUCCUUCGAAGCCAAUGGCGAUUCUUCAAUGGAGUAUCGACGGGGAACAAGUGGGCGAACCGUACGUCAAACGAUACAUUGACGGUUCGAUUGCGACGUUAGGGACCCCAUCGUCUGAAGCGAACGGCAGGCCAUCGGCAUGGCAAAACGGCCGGGAAAGUGAUGGUGAAUUGGCCGACGAUAGCGUCGCCACCGUCGGAUUGGAAUUCGUCGUCGAUUUGCCGAAACAGAUGGCCACUGGAGCGUUCGCCAUUAGACGGGUCUCGUGCACGGCCCUAGUGGGAGACAUUUAUCAAAGCGUUACGUACGCAAAUCUGUCGAUCGUUGACGGACGCUCAGCUAAGUCGAUCGCCACAGCUCGCACUCCUUCUCACCUCCUCCAUUCUUCCAAUGGAAGUUCGGCAAACGGACGGAGUUGGCAUUCGACUUGGAUCGGUCUUGUCUUUUGUUGCAUAUUUCAUCUGGUACGUCAAACGGCGGUCGAUAUUACCGCGGCCGUCCUUCGCAUAUAGUUCCUGCGUUCGGUUUCAUCAGCGUCAUUUUGAACAAAUAAAAAUCCAUCGUAUUUAUAAUUAUUAGUUAUUACUACCCACCAUAGGCAGCGCAACGCGACGCGUCCAGCAAAACCUAUCUUUAUUACGACUAUAAACAGAAGUUUUUGCGUUAACUGAUGGUGAUCUUUUAUUCAUGUAUAGAACAAAGUUGCUCUUGAUGUCCGAAAUAAACUGCUCUCCGUGCGGCCGA